AUGGCUUGUAACAGAGAAAGAUUCGAAACUGACGUCAUUAUCACUGUCUUCGGUGCUUCUGGUGAUUUAGCUAAGAAGAAAACUUUUCCUGCGUUGUUCGGUCUGUUUAGAGAAGGUUACUUGCACGAAUCCACUAAAAUUUUUGGUUUUGCAAGAUCAAAAUUAACUGGCAGCGAAUUGAGACAAAGAAUUGAGCCUCAUUUGGAAAAACCAAAUGGUAAGCAAGACGAUGAAAAAGUCGAACAGUUUUUUAAAUUGAUUCAGUAUCAUGAAGGUGGUGCUUACGAUGAGGACCAAGGCUAUCUGGAGUUGCUAAAGGAAUUCCAGAAAGUCGAAGCCCAAAAAAAUAUAACCCAUCCACAAAGAUUGUAUUAUUUGGCUUUGCCACCUUCUGUUUUCUUAAGUGUCGCUGAACAAAUUAAGAAAAUCUUAUAUACAACUGUCGGUGUGCAAAGAGUUAUUGUGGAGAAGCCAUUCGGUCAUGAUUUGGAAAGUGCAAGAGCUUUGCAGAAUAGUUUGUCUCCUUUAUUCACUGAAGAUGAAAUUUACAGAAUUGACCAUUAUUUAGGUAAAGAGAUGGUUAAAAAUUUAUUGCAAUUGAGAUUCGGUAAUACUUUCUUGAACGCUUCCUGGAACAAAGACUUCAUCCAAAGUAUACAAGUCACUUUCAAGGAACCAUUCGGUACGGAAGGUAGAGGUGGUUACUUCGAUUCCAUAGGUAUUGUCAGAGACGUCAUGCAGAACCAUUUGCUACAAAUUUUGACUCUGUUGACAAUGGAAAGACCUGUCUCCUUCGAUCCAGAGGAUGUCCGUGACGAAAAAGUUAAGGUCUUGAAGGCUAUGGCUCCAAUUGAUCACAAUGACAUCUUAAUCGGUCAAUAUGGUAAAUCUGAAGACGGCAGUAAACCGGCCUAUCUGGAUGACGAAACCGUUCAGCCAAAUUCUAAGUGUGUCACUUACUGUGCCAUGUCAUUCAAAAUCGAAAAUGAAAGAUGGGAUGGUGUUCCAGUCGUCAUGAGAGCUGGUAAAGCUUUGAAUGAAGCAAAGGUCGAGAUCAGAAUCCAAUACAAACCAGCUGCUCCAGGUGUAUUCAGACACAUUCCAAAUAAUGAAUUGGUUAUCAGAGUCCAACCAGAUGCAUCCGUUUACAUGAAGAUGAACGCUAAAACUCCAGGUUUAUCCACCACCACUCAAGUAACAGACUUGGACUUGACCUACUCCACUAGAUUCAAGGAUUUCUGGAUCCCGCAAGCAUAUGAGGUUUUGAUCAGAGAUGCUUUGUUAGGUGACCACUCUAACUUUGUUAGAGAUGAUGAAUUGGAAGUCUCUUGGUCUCUAUUCACACCAUUCUUAAACUACAUUGAAUCCCCAGAUGCUCCAGCCCCAGAACUUUACCCAUACGGUUCAAGAGGCCCAUCAGGUUUCAAAGAAUACAUGAUGAAACACGGCUACAAAUUCCAAGAUAACAUAAACUACUCUUGGCCAAUCAUCUCUCCAGGAGAAGAAACACAUUAA